AAUGAAUAUAUGACUGAAAACACGAUUUUUUCAUUGAGUCGUAAACUUAUGUUUUGUUUUCAUUUAAAUUGCAUUUGAAUUGCAUUUGAAUUUCGCGAUUCAUUUGAUUUGAUUUAAUUGUUUGUAUACUAAAGACAACUGAAGAGCCAAAAUGCCGCCGAAGAAGGACUCGGGCGCGAGUAAGAAGACUGAGAUCAAGAAGAAGGAGAAGAUAAUCGAGGACAAGACGUUUGGUCUGAAGAAUAAAAAGGGAACCAAACAGCAGAAGUUCAUACAACAGGUGGCGAAUCAAGUCAAACAGCAGGGUCUGCCCAAAAAGGUACGAUUGGCCGCCACUUAUCUCACUGAGUGUCCCAUUAAUGGUGGUGAAAUAGCGCCGAACACAGCGGUCGUCAAGAAGGAGGAGAAGAAGAAGCAGUUGGAAGAGUUGAACGCAUUGUUCCGUCCGGUGACGGCCGCACAGAAGGUGGACAAAGGGGUGGACCCGAAGUCGGUGUUGUGCGCCUUCUUCAAGUCGGGUCAGUGCGGGAAAGGAGACAAAUGUAAGUUCAGUCACGACGUGACCGUUGAGCGCAAGUCCGAGAAGAAGAACGUCUACGUCGACGCCCGACAGGAGGACACUAUGGAUGACUGGGACGACGAGAAGCUCAAAGAAGUGGUCGAGAAGAAGGAGAACGAGAGGAAGGGUUCCGAAUCUAUGGAAAAGCAUUCCCACGAAUUGGAUGACAAGAAUGGUUCCGAAGAAUACCACAAAUACCAAACCGAUUGGUUCGAGUUCCAAGUAUUCUUUGUCGACAAUGUAUUCAUUUGUGUCCGGAUUGAUAGUAAUGUUUUCUCUGACACCGAGGGGCCAAUCGACGUGAAGUAUCUCUUUAUUGAGUUGAAGCAAAAACACGACCAAAACGAACAGCGCGUUCAGCAUAAAGAAUGCAAACACCACUCGAUUCCUAAGUUCUUUGAGUUCAUUGGCAACCCUUUCCUGAUGCUCUUUGUUUUGCUCAAUUGGAUACAAAUACUUCGUGAUUAA